UAUUUUUGAUUUUAGAAAAUUAGAAGGCUGAACGCCUGAUAACACGAGGAAACUGCUGGACACUCCAAUUCAGCCUCCACCGGUGGUACCACCGCACCAGCCAGCAGCAAUGGAUAAAAUGCCCAACUCUUGACUCUUCACCGGCUCUCUCAUUCCCCCUCUCUCUGAACGAAUUCAAUCCAAAAUCUGCAACCAAACAAUUUAAAAACUCAUGCCGAUCGCCUCCGUUUCAAUCAUCCGCCACCGAGCCAUGGCCUCCCUCCCGACCUUCAACAACCUCCUCAUCCGGCGCUUCUCAUCAGUCCGAUGCCUCUCGGUCUCCGCCAAACAACAAAACCCUAGCAAUGUCUCCAAGAGACCCCAGCCGGACAAGAACCUCCUCAGAGCCAAGCAGAACUUCAGAGACUACUCCUCCUCUCUGGCCCCAGUCCUCUCCCCCCGAGACCCGCCUCCUCUCUCUGAAUCCCAAGCCAUCGGCACCGUCGCCGCCGCCCAGGCCAACUUCAUGCGCGUAAUCGUCCAAUCGCUCCCAUCCUCCGAGCCCUCUAGAAACGUUAUCGAGGGCUCGGAAUCUUCUGGAAUCGGAGUUGAGCUGCUGUGUGUGGUGAAGGCAGUGUUGAAGAAGAUAAAAAGGAGGGUUUUGGUUGGAGAUAAGGUGUUGGUGGGGUCCAUCGAUUGGGUGGACCGGCGGGGUAUGAUCGAGAACGUCUUCCAGCGGAGUUCGGAGAUUCUGGACCCCCCUGUGGCGAACGUGGACCAUUUGCUGGUGCUCUUCUCGUUGGAGCAGCCGAGGCCCGAGGCUUUCACGCUCACGAGGUUCCUGGUGGAGGCCGAGUCGACCGGGAUUCCGCUCACUCUUGCACUGAAUAAGUCCGAGCUUGUGGAUGAAGAGACACUGGUUGGAUGGAGGAACAGGCUACGGAGUUGGGGCUAUGAACCAGUAUUUUGCAGUGUUGAGUCGACAUGUGGAUUAGAUACUCUUGCAUCUUUUAUGCAAGAUCAAACAACUGUAAUUGUGGGUCCAAGUGGAGUUGGGAAGUCUAGCCUGAUUAAUGCCCUGAGAAGCAACCAUCAUGCUUCUGAUGCAGCAGAAGAGGAUAAUUGGUUUGAUCCUUUCACGCACUUCUUUCAGAUUCUCGGCAGCAAAUGGUUUGAGGAACAGCGUGUUGGGGAAGUUUCAACAAGAAGCGGUAGAGGGAAGCAUACCACUCGCCAUGUUUCUCUGCUUCCAUUAUCAGGAGGGGGUUAUCUUGCUGAUACUCCUGGGUUUAACCAGCCUAGUUUGAUGAAAGUAACAAAACAAUCUCUUGCACAAGCGUUCCCUGAGAUCCGGAAAAUGCUUAGUGAUAAUGAGCCUGUGAAAUGUUCAUUCAAUGAUUGCUUGCAUCUCGGGGAACCAGGGUGCGUUGUGAAAGGGGAUUGGGAAAGAUACUCGUACUAUUUUCAACUUCUUGAUGAAAUCAGAAUCAGGGAGGAGUUUCAGCUCAGGACGUUUGGAACCAAAAGAGAAGGUGAUGUGAGGUACAAGGUGGGAUAUAUGGGUGUUCAGCAAGCAGAACCGCGGUUGGAGCCUAAGAAGCAUAGGAGAAAAUCUCGUAAGAGCAUCAACCAAUCAAUACUAGAUGAGUUGGAUGAGCUGGACGACGACGACGGCUUAGAAGUAGAAAAUGAUCCUAUCUUAAGGGCAAUGAGAAAUGAAAACCAGUAGAAAGUUGUGUACCUCCUACCAUGAAAUGUAAAUAUCAAGUUUCCUAACCCUCCUUGUUUGAGAGGUUAAACUCCAGUCACCAGUACAGAUUACAGUGAGGCUAAUUAGAUUUCUCUUUCUGUUU